AAAGCAACGAAAGUUAACGCAAGAGCCCACUCAAAUUACCGAAAAAGCAUGUCAAGCCAGAGAGGUAGUAAACAAAACUGUUCAGCGAUAAAUUAAAAAUAUGUUUCAAAUGAUGACAUGUAAAGUUCAGAUUCUUUUGUAAUAUCAAAGAAAUUUCAUAUGAAGCGUGUGUAAAGUAAAUAUUGAAACAAGUGACCAUGGAGACAUCAGAUGGAAUCAUAGAUGGUCUGUACUUGGGAGGAGUAAUGGCAGCAUUGAAUGAGCGGGACCUCCAAGAGAGAAAUAUAACUCACAUUCUGUCAGUUGACGAGAAACCUCUGCCAGAUAUUUUGACCAACAAGUUCACCUACAAGCAUGUUUUUGCGUUGGACCUGUAUGACUUUGAUAUGCUUGACUUGAUCCCUGAAUGUUUUACCUUUAUAGACCAAGCUCGGGAGAGUGGCUGUUCUGUCCUAGUUCAUUGUCAAGCAGGUAUAUCACGGAGCGCAACUAUUGUCAUUGCAUACCUGAUGCAAAAAUACCAGAAGACAAAAGACCAGGCAAUAGGGGAGGUCACUGAGUUCAGGAAAUUAAUCAGACCAAAUGAUGGGUUUCAAGAGCAGCUCCAGUUGUUUGAAAACAUGGGGUGUAGAAUUGACAAGACACACAGUGAAUACAGGGCCUACCAGCUCAACAAACUGGCAGUCAAGUUCAAAUGUGGCCAGUUUUUGCAAGGGGAGAGUGAAAUACCUGCUGAAGUUUAUGUGCAGCCUGACUAUUCAGCCAAGGGAAAUAUAGCUUAUUAUAAAUGUAGAAAGUGUAGAAUGUUUCUGUUUCACGAUGGUGCACUUACAAAUCACAACAUUGGUCAAGGAGAGUCUGCAUUUGAUUGGAGGAGCAAGGUGCCAACCAAUAAAAGACUUUUAAAUUCAGCACAGAAUGAUGCUGUAUGUCAAAGGUCAUUGUUUGUUGACCCUUUGACAUGGAUGAAGGGAAAAAUAAAUGUGGUUCAAGGGAAGUUGCAUUGUCCCAAAUGUGAUAUAAAGAUAGGAUCCUAUGUCUGGUAUGGGGAAAAAUGUCCAUGUGGAGCAUGGGUGGCCCCUGCCUUCCAUAUCAACAGUGGCAAGGUGGAUAAAAUACCCUCCCAGCCAGUCAUGCCCCACACACACACUCCGGCUGUCGUGGCCCCGGCUGUGGUUGCACCUGAACAACCCCACCUGAUCGGAGCUGUGGCAGCCUUCCCCGUGGGAACCAGGUCCAGCGGCCGGCAGCUGGGCCACAACCCGCUUCCAGAACGGCCAACCGCUGCGUCGAGGCUGUCGUCUGCCCAGCCUGUAGCAGCAGUACAGCCCAGGAUGUCCCCUUCUUACAUCUCACCACAGGCUCAUUCGUCUACUGCAAGUUCCUUAACAACUGUCCAGUCGAUGGAUUUUGAAAUGGGCAUGGCAGAUGGUGGGGACCAGGUCAGCCAGCCCCAUGUGAGACGAGACAACAGAGAUCUAGAGAGUGGAAUCAACAGUAUUCACAUGGAUGUAGAUACUGCAUAGUUAACCAAUAUUGUUCCAUGUUGCCUUGAUCAGAGUUUUAAAUUUGCAUUUAACAGUUUUUAAAUCAAAUGCAUGUCUGGUUUUUUGUAUUGUUAAAGCUGACUUUGUACAAGAGACUAAAAAGAGAAGAAAUUAACAUACAUAAGAGACUUUAACUAUAAUUUUUAAAUAAUGGAAACUUUACAAUGUCAAUGUUUUGGUCCAUAAAACAAAACUAUUUGCUUUAAAAUGAUUAAAAAUAUAAAAGCUUGUAUAUUUUAAUAUUACUAGAUUCUGUAAGAUUUUUUUUGUGAAGUAAUUUUUUUUUACCAACUUUCUAUCAAAAACUAUUUUAUGUGAUAAGGUCAUACUUGUUCAUCUUUAGGUUUUGAUGAUGUAAAAUUUUACCUUCAGUAAACCCGGUACAAUGUUUUUUUUUUCUGACUGAAUAACCAGUUUACCAGAUUACGUUCUUCCCUGCCCAUUAAACAAAUCUCCUAUGUAACUGCACUGUAUGUAUGUACAUACCCUCUGCUAAAAGGAAAGCACUCAUUUCAUUAUUAUUUUAAAAUGUUUUACUAUAAAUCAAACUUGCAGUUUUUUAAAACUGCAGUUAAAGUGUAAUUGAAAUUCCAGGUUUAUAAGACUGUUUUCAUAAUUUUAGAUUUUAUUUUAGCAACCCCAAAAUUUAACACAUUGUGUUUUUUUUUAAUAACUAUCACAGGAAUAAAUCCUCAUACUAUUGUAGUAAUUAUUACAAAUGUAAUUUGACUUUGGGCAUAUCCUUGUACCACACUUGGUAUAAAUAUCACAUACUAAAAUGUGCCAUUCCUCAUAUUUUUUCACAUGUGAUGUUGAAAGGCGCUCAACUCACUAUUCAAAACUAAUUAUUAUAUAUCUUGACCACCUUAAUUAAACCCUGUUACUAUUGACCAAAGACUGGCCAACGAAUUAAAGAAGGCAGUUAACAAACAAGACUGUUUCUUGUAGGUCAGUACUCAAGUUUAAGAUAACUUGUCUUGUUACAAAUGUAUCUAUUUUUUGCCAAUUAAAUGAAAUAAGUUUUGUUUCUUUGCCAAGCAAAUGAAAUAAGUUUUGUUUCUUUGCCAAUCAAAUGAAAUAAGUUUUGUUUCUUUGCCAAUCAAAUGAAAUAAGUUUUGUUUCUUUGCCAAUCAAAUGAAAUAAGUUUUGUUUCUUUGCCAAGCAAAUGAAAUAAGUUUUGUUUCUUUGCCAAUCAAAUGAAAUAAGUUUUGUUUCUUUGCCAAUCAAAUGAAAUAAGUUUUGUUUCUUUGCCAAUCAAAUGAAAUGAGUUUUUUUCCUAUGCAUUUUGUUUUCAAUGUAAUUUCAUUACAUGCUUAACGUAGUGAAAGACAACAAACUGGUUGUUUUAAUAUUAUUUGGCUGUUGUAUGUUGCCAUUUAAAAGUGGAGCCAUGUAUGAAGAAGUUAUUAAUAAUACUUUAAUAACCUUUGUAAAAAAAAUAUUAUAUAUGAUAAUAUAAAGUUUACAGUUAAUAAUGGCAUUAUACCUAUUAUGUUGGAUGAAUAUCAUAUAAUCCUACUGAUUUGUUUAGUCUGCUUUAUUUGCAGUGUCAUUUAUGUUUGAAACAUGCUCUUUGUUACACAUAAGACAUGUUCAGAUAUGAAUCGCUGUGCAAACAUGGUUGUAUUUUUGUGACAGAAACAUGGUUGUAUUUUUGUGACCAGUUAAACCUGCUUGUUUGAAAAAGGUAUCAUUGCUUUUUGUUUUUUCCCCACUUGUGUUUACAAAAUACCUUAGGGAAAAUAAUCUGUAAAUAUAACAAUUGCUAACAUAAUUAAACUCAAUGAAUUUUGUUAUCAUCACAGGUUGUUUUGUUCCCUCGUGUUUACAAAAUACUUGAAGUAAAAUAAAUUGGAUAUAAAGAUUAACGUAAUUAAACUCAAUGAA